AUGUUACAGACAGUUACAUCAGAACUAGGACUCCAGCAACAACAGAAAGCAGAAAUGUUACCGACAGUUACAUCAGUACUAGGACUCCAGCAACAACAGAAAGCAGAAAUGUUACAGACAGUUACAUCAGUACUAGGACUCCAGCAACAACAGAAAGCAGAAAUGUUACAGACAGUUACAUCAGUACUAGGACUCCAGCAACAACAGAAAGCAGAAAUGUUACAGACAGUUACAUCAGUACUAGGACUCCAGCAACAACAGAAAGCAGAAAUGUUACAGACAGUUACAUCAGUACUAGGACUCCAGCAACAACAGAAAGCAGAAAUGUUACAGACAGUUACAUCAGUACUAGGACUCCAGCAACAACAGAAAGCAGAAAUGUUACAGACAGUUACAUCAGUACUAGGACUCCAGCAACAACAGAAAGCAGAAAUGUUACAGACAGUUACAUCAGUACUAGGACUCCAGCAACAACAGAAAGCAGAAAUGUUACAGACAGUUACAUCAGUACUAGGACUCCAGCAACAACAGAAAGCAGAAAUGUUACAGACAGUUACAUCAGUACUAGGACUCCAGCAACAACAGAAAGCAGAAAUGUUACAGACAGUUACAUCAGUACUAGGACUCCAGCAACAACAGAAAGCAGAAAUGUUACAGACAGUUACAUCAGUACUAGGACUCCAGCAACAACAGAAAGCAGAAAUGUUACAGACAGUUACAUCAGUACUAGGACUCCAGCAACAACAGAAAGCAGAAAUGUUACAGACAGUUACAUCAGUACUAGGACUCCAGCAACAACAGAAAGCAGAAAUGUUACAGACAGUUACAUCAGUACUAGGACUCCAGCAACAACAGAAAGCAGAAAUGUUACAGACAGUUACAUCAGUACUAGGACUCCAGCAACAACAGAAAGCAGAAAUGUUACAGACAGUUACAUCAGUACUAGGACUCCAGCAACAACAGAAAGCAGAAAUGUUACAGACAGUUACAUCAGUACUAGGACUCCAGCAACAACAGAAAGCAGAAAUGUUACAGACAGUUACAUCAGUACUAGGACUCCAGCAACAACAGAAAGCAGAAAUGUUACAGACAGUUACAUCAGUACUAGGACUCCAGCAACAACAGAAAGCAGAAAUGUUACAGACAGUUACAUCAGUACUAGGACUCCAGCAACAACAGAAAGCAGAAAUGUUACAGACAGUUACAUCAGUACUAGGACUCCAGCAACAACAGAAAGCAGAAAUGUUACAGACAGUUACAUCAGUACUAGGACUCCAGCAACAACAGAAAGCAGAAAUGUUACAGACAGUUACAUCAGUACUAGGACUCCAGCAACAACAGAAAGCAGAAAUGUUACAGACAGUUACAUCAGUACUAGGACUCCAGCAACAACAGAAAGCAGAAAUGUUACAGACAGUUACAUCAGUACUAGGACUCCAGCAACAACAGAAAGCAGAAAUGUUACAGACAGUUACAUCAGUACUAGGACUCCAGCAACAACAGAAAGCAGAAAUGUUACAGACAGUUACAUCAGUACUAGGACUCCAGCAACAACAGAAAGCAGAAAUGUUACAGACAGUUACAUCAGUACUAGGACUCCAGCAACAACAGAAAGCAGAAAUGUUACAGACAGUUACAUCAGUACUAGGACUCCAGCAACAACAGAAAGCAGAAAUGUUACAGACAGUUACAUCAGUACUAGGACUCCAGCAACAACAGAAAGCAGAAAUGUUACAGACAGUUACAUCAGUACUAGGACUCCAGCAACAACAGAAAGCAGAAAUGUUACAGACAGUUACAUCAGUACUAGGACUCCAGCAACAACAGAAAGCAGAAAUGUUACAGACAGUUACAUCAGUACUAGGACUCCAGCAACAACAGAAAGCAGAAAUGUUACAGACAGUUACAUCAGUACUAGGACUCCAGCAACAACAGAAAGCAGAAAUGUUACAGACAGUUACAUCAGUACUAGGACUCCAGCAACAACAGAAAGCAGACAUGUUACAGACAGUUACAUCAGAACUAGGACUCCAGCAACAACAGAAAGCAGAAAUGUUACAGACAGUAACAUUAGUACUAGGACUACAGCAGCAACAGAAAGCAGAAAUGUUACAGACAGUUACAUCUGUACUAGGACUCCAGCAACAACAGAAAGCAGAGAUGUUAAAGACAGUUACAUCAGAACUAGGACUCCAGCAACAACAGAAAACAGAAAUAAAAACAAAAUUCAAAAUUUGGCAAACACGCUAUCAAAAUAGUAUGAAAUGA